CUCGCAGCGGAGUAUCGGACUCCAUCGACCCAAGGUCGUCUUUGUUUAUCCAAGUCAGUGCCCAGCGACGACCGUGACCCGCAGCUCCUCUUCAGGAAAUCCGUCACCUAAUCGUCUUCCUCUACGUGUAAGGAUGGGUGGAAUGGCGCAGUGGGCUUCGAUGGAGAAGCGGCUCGGUUUCCUUCUCUUUUAUAUCUCUUGUUCUGCACUAUUCUUCAGCAUUUUCUCCGGCCGGCGUCGUGUAGUUUUGGCCCAGGAUUUGGCGACGGCGCGGCCGGUCGACGUCGGCGUCAUACUUGACCUGGAGAGCCUAACAGGGAAGAGGAGCUGGACCAGCAUUUCCAUGGCACUCGACGAUUUCUAUGCUGCCCAUGGGGAUAACAAGACGAGGGUGGUUCUUCAUCUCAGGGAUUCAAAGGCAAGCGCGGUUGGAGCAGCAGAAGCAGCGGUUGACUUGAUGAAGAACGUUCACGUGUCUUGCAUCGUCGGCCCACGGACGUCCACCGAGGCUGCCUUCGUCGUCCACCUCGGCGACCGCGCUCGAGUGCCCGUCGUCGCCUUCUCGGCUACUAGCCCCGCCCUUCGCUCCCCAUUCUUCGUCCGCGCAACCCCCAGCGACUCGGUGCAGGUCCCCGCCAUCGCCGCCCUCGUCCGACACUUCGCCUGGCGCCAAGUCGUCCUCGUCUACACCGACUCAGAGUACGGCACCGGCGUCGUUCCCUCCCUCAUUGACGCCCUGCAGGAUGCCUACGUCCGCGUUCCCUACCGCGCUGUCAUCCCCGCCGCCGCCUCCGAUGAUGACCUCGACCGCGAACUGCGCCGCCUCAAGGAUAUGCCCGCGCGGGUCUUUGUCGUCCACGCGCUGCCUGACCUGGGAAUCCGCAUAUUUCGACUGGCGACGGAGCUAGGCAUGAUGACUGCAGGAUACGUGUGGAUCGCCACCGGCGGCAUCUCCGACGUUCUCGAAAUGGUAGACAAAAUGCCCAUGAGCGGCAUCAUCGGCGUCCGCUCGUACGUGAACCGGUCCAAGGAAGUACUCAACUUCACGAACCGCUUCCGAUGGCGGUUUCAGAGAGACUAUCCAGCGGCGCAGGUCGCCAAUCCAUCAACGAUUCAACUGAGGGCGUACGACACGGUGUGGGCGGUGGCGACGGCGGCGAAGAAGCUGGAUCCGUCCUUGAUGCGCUCGUCCAUUGACCGCACCGCGCAAUCCGGAAACGUCUCAACCGAUUUAGGGCGCCUCGGCGUCAGCAAAACAGGGGAAGCACUUCUGCACGCUAUUCUCCGCACUCGGUUCCAAGGGCUGACGGGCGAUUUCCUGCUUGUUGACGGUCAACUCCAGCCGUCGGCGUUGGAGAUAGUCAAUGUCGACGGUGGAAAGCUAAUCACCAUUGGGUUCUGGACGCCGGAGGAAGGCGGAACCCUAAAGCAGCAGCUAAACUCCACCAACGACACCGAUGUCCUAAAUUCCGUGGUCUGGCCAGGCAGCCAGACCGAUGUCCCGAGAGGCUGGGAAAUCCCGACAAACGGCAAGAGGCUCCGAAUCGGCGUCCCGUUGAAGCACGGUUUCGACCAGUUCGUCAAGGUGGAGACCGAUCCGACCACCAAUCAGACCCACGUCUCUGGCUACUGCAUUGACGUGUUCGAGGCGGUCAUGCAUCGGCUUCCCUAUCCUGUCGCCUUCGACUACAUCCCGGCGGUGAAUUCCGACGAAUCCUACGACAAUUUGGUCUACCAAGUCUACUCUAAGAAUUUUGACGCGGUGGUCGGCGACACCACCAUCCUCGCCAAUCGAACUCAUUUCGUCGACUUCACGAUGCCGUACGCAGAAUCGGGGGUGUCGAUGGUGGUGUCGGUGGAGAAGAACAAUAGCACCGGCAUGUGGAUCUUCUUGCAGCCGUUGACUCCCGACCUCUGGUGGGCUAUCUUCGCCGUGUUCGUGCUCACCGGAUUCAUGCUGUGGAUGAUCGAGCGCCGCAACAUCGAGGAGUUUCCCGGCACGCCGUUCCAGCAACUGGGCACCGUCUUCUACUACGUUUUCUCUAUUGCCUUCUUCGCACACGCGGAGAGGUUGACGAGCAACCUGUCGAGGUUCGCGGUGAUCGUCUUCUCGUUCGUGGUACUGGUACUGACGUCGAGCUAUACGGCGAGCCUGACGUCGACGCUCACUGUGCGGCAGCUGCAACCGACGGUGACGAACGUGGACCAGUUGCUAGCCACCGGCGCUUUCGUCGGCCACCAGGACGGCUCCUACGUUGUCGGGAUGCUGGAGAGGAUGGGAAUCCACGCGAGCAAGCUGAGGAACUACAGCACAUCGGAUCAGUACGCGGACGCCUUGGCGAAAGGCAGCGCCAGGGGAGGCGUCGACGCGGUGUUCGACGAGAUACCUUACCUAAAGCUCUUCCUGUACCAACACCCCGAUGAUUUCACCAUGGUCGGCCCAACCUACAAGACCGAUGGCUUCGGCUUCGUGUUCCCUCAAGGCUCGCCGCUUGUCCCGGACAUAUCGAGGGCGAUACUGAACGCGACAGAGGCCAGAGAGCUGGCACUCAUCGAGUCGAAAUGGUUUGGCUUUCCGAAGAACUCCACAAGCAAAAGCAGCGGCAGCAGCUCGUCGAGCUUAGCGCUCCAUGACUUCGCCGGCCUCUUCGUCAUCACCGGCGUCGUCUCGGCGGCGGCUUUGAUCAUCUUCCUGGCCAGAUUCAUCUACGUUGAGCGAAAUGGGCUGCAGGAAGCGGCUUCGACGGAGACCACUUUGUGGAGGAAGACGGUGGCCUUACUGAAGCACUAUCACGACGUGGAAGAACCUCCAUCUUGUCCUACGUCGAAGAGGGAUGAGAACGGCGCUUUAGGCGGUGAUCAAAUUCCGGCGACUGGCUCACAGAGUCCGGAGAGCGUAUCGAAUCACUCGCUGUUCAGCGCUGCUUCAGGAGAGGAGGGAGCGUCCUCUUCGGAGCUAAAUAGCCCAAUGGCAGAGAGCAGGGAAGCAAGAUGAUCUUCCGACAUUGACAGAGGCAAAAAACUGACACGAAGAAGGCAAAUACGCAGAGAAAUUCAGAAAUAACUAGUCUUGUGGCGUCUAUUAAAUUUUAUUUUGGACAAUUAAUGAAUUUAAGUUUUAAAUCAAAUAUUCAAAAAUGUCUCGAAGUUCUUGUUCAGCAUUCCAACCAGAUUAUCGAUCAGCUCAACGAAUAAUUCCAUUGAGUUUAAA